AUGUGUCCUACCAAAGAGAGAGAUGAGGAGAUUGAAAAGAGUUUGUUGGGUAAAGAUGAGGAGGAGGGAAAUGCAGGGGAUUCUUCUGGUAUCACCAUAGCUUUGAUGAUUCAAGAAAUGAAGAAGUUGGGCUAUGUUGCAGGUCCCAUGGUUGCCGUGAAUCUCUCUCAAUAUUUUCUGCAAGUGAUUGCUGUAAUGAUGGUUGGUCACCUUGGUGAACUUUAUCUCGCCAGCACCGCCUUAGCUAUUUCCUUCUGUGCUGUCACUGGCUUCAGCGUUAUUUUUGGAAUGUCAGCUGCACUUGAAACUUUAUGUGGACAAGCUUAUGGAGCACAGCAAUAUCAGAAACUUGGGACUCAUAUUUACACAGCUAUAGUUUCACUCAAUCUUGCUUGCUUUCCUCUAUCUCUUAUCUGGUUUUCCAUGGGAAAACUCCUGGUUUUCUCUGGCCAAGACCCUCUAGUUUCCAAAGAAGCUGGUAAAUUUGCAAUGUGUCUUGUACCUGCGCUCUUGGCAUACGCAACUCUCCAGCCACUUGUUCGUUUUUUUCAAGUCCAGAGCUUGGUCACUCCAUUGCUUACAAGCUCACUGGUGUCCCUUUGUUUCCAUGUAUUUUUCUGUUGGGUCUCUGUGUUUAAGCUUGGACUAGGCAAUCUUGGUGGAGCAUUGGCAAUUAGCUUGUCUUAUUGGUUGAAUGUGGCUUUGCUUGGCUUGCACAUGAAGUAUUUGUCAAGUUGUGUAAGCAUUUCUCCACCAUUUUCCAUGGAUCUCUUCAAAGGAAUGAAAGAUUUCUUCCGCUUAGCUAUACCUUCGGCUUUUAUGGUCUGCCUUGAAUGGUGGUCUUUCGAGUUUCUUACCUUACUAUCCGGGCUCAUGCCAAAUCCACAGCUUGAAACUUCUGUUUUGUCUGUCUGUGUGUCAACAAUAGCUACCCUCUACACAAUACCAGAUGGACUAGGUGCUGCUGCAAGCACUAGAGUUUCAAAUGCAUUAGGAGGUGGGAAACCACAAGCAGCGAAACUGGCCGUUGGGACUGUGCUGCUGCUUGCAGUCUCGGAAGCAGCCAUUGUGAGCUCAACCUUGUUCGCCAACCGCAGAGUUUUCGGUCAUGUCUUCAGCAAUGAGAUUGAAGUUGUGGAUUAUGUGAGCAGCAUGGCUCCUCUGAUAUGUCUAUGCGUUGUAUUGAACAGUUUUCAAGCCACUCUUUCUGGAAUCGCUAGAGGAUCUGGGCGGCAAGACUUAGGAGCCUGUGUCAAUCUUGGAGCAUACUAUCUUUGCGGAAUUCCCGUUGCUGCCUUCUUAGGUUUCUGGGCACAGAUGAGAGGAAGAGGUCUUUGGCUUGGAAUACAAGUUGGUGCUUUUGUUCAGACACUCUUGCUUGCUACCAUAACAUGUUGCACAAAUUGGGAAAAACAGGCAGCAAAGGCAAGGGAGAGAGUCUUUGGUAGAAUAUCUUCAGUGGAAGAUGGUUAUGAAUAUGUCAGUAUAGAUUCUCAGGGAUAA